UCGUUAUUUAUUUGUUUACUCAAUUAAAAUAUUGAAAAAAAAAUAUAAUAUUUCAACGUAAUUCAUAAUAAUGAACGCUUACGAAGUAUUUCUAGUGCAAACACAACCAAUUAUUAAUUAUCUAUAUAUAAUUGUUAUUAGUAUUUUACCAAUAUUAUGGCUGGGAGAUUGCAAACGGUCCAUGUCAUUGCUUUUCAAACGAAUAAAUUUGCCAGAUUUAUACGAUAUUUCUUAUGAGCAAAUUGAAAUUUCCAAUGGAUUACUAUUUCUUAUAAUAGUAAUCGGUGUUAUGGCAUAUUUCAUGCAUAGACGAUGGAGAAAUUAUUUGCUGGACUUGAGGUGUGAUAUUUUAGAGCAAGAAAUUGUUUAUACGGAUAGCAAAGAAUUGAAAGAUGCAAAAAUAAAACUAUUACAAAAUAUUAACAAUAUUAUCGAAAGGAGAACAAAUUUUGGAAAAUGUUUAAAGGAAAUUGAUGAGAAUGAAGAAAAAUUAUGUGCAACUGAUAACUAUGAGGAUUUUUUGCAAGAUUGUGAUAAUUGACAAUCAAAUUUUAUUAAAAGAGUGCAUUU